UUUUUUUUUAAAUAAAAUCGGCUGACUUUGACUCUCUUUGUUGCUAUGUUGUGCAUACUGCAGUAUAUUUGUCCUGAUACAGCUGAUGAGCUGUAUUUUUUUCUCCCUGAUAAACAUCUUUUGGAUAUUUUUUCACGGAUUUUAUUCAGUUGACUGCGCGCUUUUUUUAUUUAUUACGACGAUUCUCAACUAAUUAGUUUCUCUCGUUGUUUGUUUGUUUGUUGCCAAACAUCUGAUCUCGUUUAUUGUUUGUUUUGUUUUGUUUUUGUUUUUUUGGUUUUGGCGAACAAAAACAAAAUAAUAAUCCCACCAAACGACCCACUGAAAUUGACAUUCAAAUUUGGCGGUUAUUCGACAGCGAACGACGAAACAAUCAUUCAUUCAAUGACAUAAAACCAUUUUAGAAAAACAAAUCACCAAAAAACACCAAUAAUGAAUCCAUCAUUAUCAACUAUAUUCGAUUAUGGUGAUGAUAAUGAUGAUGAUAAUGGUCAAAAUGAUCUUCAUUUUCAUCAACAUAAUCAUCAUCAUCAUCAUCAAAAAUCAUUUCAAAAUCGAAGACAAAAUUCACAUCGACAUAUUAGACGAACAUCAACAAUUUCAACAUCAAAAUCACAUCAUAAUCUUUUACCUAUUGAUAAUGAUACAAUUCUACCACCCGAACAAGAACAAGGAAAUGUUGAAUAUAAACUUAAAUUAAUUAAUCCAUCACCAAAUCGUUUAGAACAUCUUAUUACGCAGAUGAAAUGGCGUCUUGAAGAAGGUGAUGGAGAAGCCAUCUAUGAAAUUGGUGUUGAAGAUAAUGGUGGUCUAAAAGGAUUAACCGAUGAUGAAAUAUCAUCAUCAUUACAAACAUUAAAUUUAAUGGCCAAUAAAAUCAAUGCAUCCGUAUCGAUAACACAGGAAAAAUUAAUUGAAUCAACUAGAAAUGAUAAUAAUCCAAGAAAAGCAUUAGAAGUUUUAGUGAAAAAAAUACCAAACGAUCGACAAGCAGCUGAAAUACGAAUUUCAGUUUUAGGUAAUGUUGAAACUGGGAAAAGUUCUUUAUUAGGUGUAUUAACACAAGGUGAACUUGAUAAUGGAAAAGGUCGUGCAAGAUUAAAUCUAUUUCGUCAUCGACAUGAAAUUCGUUCUGGUCGUACAUCAAGUAUUAAUAAAGAAAUUCUUGGUUUUGAUAAUCGUGGUCGACCGAUCAAAUAUUGUGAUUAUCAAACAUCGGAAGAAAUUUGUCAAUUAUCAUCAAAAAUUAUUGUAUUUAUUGAUUCGGGUGGUCAUCGAAAAUAUUUGAAAACAACCGUUUUCAGUUUAACAGCUACACAUGCUGAUUAUGCUAUACUUGUGAUUGAUGCAUUAAGUCCAUUAGAUUGUGGUACAAAUCUUUUACAUCUGAGUUUAGCCAUAGCACUUGAAGUUCCUAUAAUGGUUGUUAUAAAUAAAAUUGAUCUUUGUGAUCAAAAAAUGAUUGAUCAAAUUGUCAACAAUGUUCAACAAUUAAUUGAAUCAUCAUUUUGUAAGAAUAAAAAAUCCAUUACAAUCAAGAAUAAUAAUGAUAUUAUAGAUUAUUGUAAUAAUAAUAAUAAUAAAUUAAAAAAUUUGGUGCCUAUUUUUCUGAUCUCAUGUGUUAAUGGUAAUGGUUUGGAAUUAUUAUAUAAAUUUUUACAUUUGCUGGAACCAUCAUUAGAUUCAAUUGAUCGUGAUAAAUUAAUCAAACAAAAUUGUACUUUUCAGAUUGAUCAAACAUUCAAUAUACCAAAUCUGGGUGUUGUUGCAAGUGGUUUUCUUCGUUCGGGCCUAAUUGAAGAAGGUUCUGUACUAAAAGUUGGUCCAUUAGAUGAUGGUCAUUUUGUUGAUGUAUUCGUUACCAGUGUACAACGACAUAAAGUUAAUCGUCGUAUUGUUCGACCGGGUGAAAGUUCAACAUUAGCAUUGAAUUUAUUUAAAAAUUCUACAAUAACAAUGAAUGAUGACAAUGUAACCGAUUCAACGGCAACAAAAAACACUAAUAAUUCAACAAUAAUAUUAUCGAAAAUCAUUCGUAAAGGAAUGGUAUUGUUGAGCAAUGUUGAUCCGAAUUCAAUUUGUCAAUAUUUUCAAGCACAAAUAUAUUCAUUAUCAUAUUCAUCGGCUGUAAUAACAUUAGGAUCAUCAGCAAUUGUUUAUAUUGAAAAUGUUCGCCAAUCUGGUAUAAUAUUGGCAAUUAAACAUAAAGAACAAAUUUAUGCUGAUGAAUCGGCUACAGUUAUCAUUCGAUUUAUUCGUCGUCCAGAAUAUAUUCGUAAUGGUUAUCGUUUGUUGCUGCAAUUUGAACGAGCCAAAGCUAUUGGUCAUGUUACCAAAGUUUUUUUCUAAAUCAAAACAAAAAACUCACUCAUUCAGAUAAUUCUUCCAAAGCCGCCAUAUUUAACCCCACUAUUUAGACAUAAUUAAUUUUUUAAUUUGUUUUCAAAUUUAAUUUCUGUUUAAAUUAUAAUUUCGUUG